UCUCGAGCACACCAUGGACAGCGAAGAACUCUAUCAGCUAAAAAGCCAUUUCUACCAGGCGAACUACAAAGCCGUCCUGUCCACCCCUCUCCCUCCUGCCAACAGCCCCUCCUACCUCCCGUCAAAAGUCUACAACCUUCGUGCUCAGCUUGCACUCUCCCCGUCCACCCCUCUUCCAGCAGAGGAAUCAGAGUCACUGGCGCUGCGCGCUGUGGCCGCUUUCUCUGGUUAUCUGACGGCGGAGGAUAAGGCUGCUGCUUUAGAAGAGCUGAGGGAGCUGGUCCUGGAGGUCGAGGGGGAGGAAGAACUUGGUUGGGAGGAGGGUGUGGUGAGGGUGUUGAGUGCGACUGCUUUCUUUAGAGAAGGCGAGACUGAGGAAGCACUGGACACAUUGUCCGGCGAGACAGCGAAAAAGGACCUCGAGUGCGUGGCGCUCACCGCCCAGAUCCAGCUCUGUCUCAACCGUGCAGACUUGGCACAGAAGACGCUCGAGUCAGCCAAGAAAUGGGCCGACGACGCCCUCCUGCUCCAACUUGUCGAAGCCUGGGUCUCUCUGCGCACCAUCCCACCGAACUAUAACUCUGCGUAUUACACGUUCUUGGAACUGACGACCGUCCCCUCCCCCUCCGCUCCCAUGCUCGCAAACCGCGCCAUCGCCCAGCUCUGCCAAGGUAACAUCCCCGAAGCCGACGGCUCGCUGACCGAAGCGCUCGAAAAAGAUCCCGAAGAUGCGAGUGCGCUCAUGCUCUCGGCCAGGCAGGGUAUGCAGGGCGCGCUGAGGAAGUUGGAGAAGAUUCAGGGUGGGCAUCCGUGGUUGGUUGCGGGGAGGGAAGCGGAGACGAGGUUUGAGGAGGCGAGGGGUAAGUGGGAGGUUCCGCCUUUGGCUACUGCUUCGGCUUGAGUUGUAGAGUGUAGCUGUCCUGUCUCAGGACUUGAGAAUGCAUA